AUGGAACAAAAUGUCGAAGGAGGGACAAAUUCUUCUGAAGAAGACUCUGGAAGAGAACUCGACCACUACCUUGGAAAAAAAAUUGGAUCAUUGAUUGAUAAAGAUCCGGAAAUUGUUGCAAGAAAACUGGAAAUUUGGAGUGAUAUGGAAAGAAUGAUUGCUCAAAAGCUUGACAAUCACCAACGAUUUACGGCUUUCAUGGAAAGAUUUGAUUCGUUUGAAGGUAGAAUGGAGGCAGGUUUCAGAGAAAUGGGUCGAAGAGUGGAUUCAUUGGAGAAUAAAGUCGAUGUCAGCGUUAGUUUGUUAAAUAAUAGAAUGAGUUCAUUGGAAAACAAAGUCGAUGUCAGCGUCAAUUCAUUGAAUAGUAGAAUGGAUUCAUUGGAAAACAAAGUCGACGUCAGCGUUAAUUUGUUAAAUAAUAGAAUGAGUUCAUUGGAAA